AGGAUCCGGCCGCUGCGCACAUCCGGGAUCUCCCGGGAUCCGGGGGGGGGCCGCACCCUGCACCAGGUGGGCGCCGCGGGGAUGGCUCCGGUCGUGGAGGUGUCGGACGCCGGGCAUUGCCGUUCGUUACUGGUGGAGUUAAACGAGCAACGGUUGAGGGGCCAAUUCUGUGACGUCACCAUCAUCGCCGAGGACACCAAAUUCCGAGCCCAUAAAAACGUCUUGGCCGCAUCCAGCCCCUUCUUCAAACAAGCUUUGGCCGAAGAACCCACCUGCCCAACCCCUGCCCAAGUUUUGGAGCUUCCCGGUGUCCAAGCCGGCGUCUUCUCCGACGUCCUCAACUUCAUCUACAACUCCCGCUUGGCCGUCCCGUCGCAGGCAGCUGCCCGCGAGUUGGGCGCCGUUGGCCGACGGUUGGGUAUCUCUUGCCUCCAAGGGUUGGAAGUGGGGACCCCCAAGGAGAUGAACGGAUCUUGGACCCCCCCCCGUGACGGGGGAUCCCCGCUCACCCGCCGCCCCGGUUGAUUUAACCUGCCCGCCGCGGUCAAGCGAUACGCCGGCGGUUGCCGAACCGGUGACGGCGUCGCCGUCAUCGGCGGCGGCGGCAUCGUUGCGUUGCGGGUUGUGCGGUCGAGGGUUCAGCACGGCGGCGGCGUUGGGAUUACACGCCAAACUUCACCGUGGGCGCCGGGGUUUGGCGUGCCGGCAUUGCGGCAAGAGCUUCAUCCACGUCAAGAGGUUGCAAACCCACGAGGUCCUCUGCAAGGACGGCCAUCGCGACGGUGACGCCGUCGCCACCAACACCGCCACGCCGACACCGAAACAAGGCAAGAAGGCAUUGCUGUUGCGUCACCGGGCGUUGGAGUUGAUCCCCGAGCAGGAACCGGUGGUGAAGGUGGUGGACGGGCACGUGGUCUACCUGUGCGGGGUUUGCCAACGCUCCUACA